AUGCUGCGUCGCUGGAUGCUCGCCGGCGCCGGCGCCGGCCUCGCCGCCGCCUCCGCCGCGCUCAGCCUCCCGCGCGCGGAGCCGGCGAAGAAGACCUACCUCGUCACGGGCUGCUCUGCCGGCCUCGGUCUCGAGCUUGUGAGGCAGCUCGCCGCACGAGGCGACCGCGUGUACGCCACGUGCCGCACGCCCGCCGCCUCAGCCAGCGGCGUCGAUGAGCUCAGCCAGGUGGCAGGAGAUGUCGUCCUCGUGCAGGGCGUCGAUGUCACCAGCGACUCGGUCGGCGAGACGCUGAAGGCAGCGCUCGCAGGCGUCAAGCUGGACUGCAUCGUGCACAACGCGGGCGGCUUCGCUGCGUCUCGUGCCGAGCAGAAGCUCGACACCAUCUGCAUGGACGCGAUGCGCCGCGGCUUCGAGCUCAACACGCUGAGCGUGCUGCGCGUCACGCAAGCGCUGCUGCCGCAGCUGUCGGCGCCGGGAGGCAAGCUCGUCGUAAUCUCGUCGAUGAUAGGCUCGAUCGCAGACAACAGCAGCGGCGGCAUGUACGCGUACCGCACAUCCAAGGCCGCGGUCAACAUGGUGUCCAAGUCGUUGGCCAACGACCUCAAACCGCAAGGCAUCGCCGUGGUCGCAAUCUCGCCCGGCUUCGUGGCGACCCAUUUCGGCGGCAUGUCGCCGGAGCAGAAGAUGAAGGUCGGCGCCAAGCCAGUCACGCCGUCGGUGCGAGGCAUCGUCGAGGCGAUCGAUGCUCUCGAGCUCAGCAACACGGGCAGCUUUGUGCACACCAACUACGGCGACGGAUUGCAGCCCGCGCCUUGCCCUGCGCGCCGCGGCUCACGUCUGCGCGCCCUCGUGUCGCAGCGCGAGUGCAUCACCAUCCACCUCGGCCAGGCCGGCGUCCAGACCGGCAACGCCUGCUGGGAGCUCUUCUGCCUCGAGCACGGAAUCCAGCCCGACGGCCAGAUGCCCUCCGACAAGACCAUCGGAGGCGGCGACGAUGCGUUCAACACCUUCUUCUCCGAGACUGGCUCGGGCAAGCACGUGCCGCGCACCGUCUUCAUCGACCUCGAGCCGACCGUUCGCACGGGCACGUACCGCCAGCUCUAUCACCCGGAGCAGCUCAUCUCGGGCAAGGAGGACGCGGCCAACAACUACGCCCGUGGCCACUACACCGUCGGCAAGGAGAUCGUCGACCUGGUCCUCGAUCGCAUCCGCAAGCUGGCCGACAACUGCACCGGCCUGCAGGGCUUCUUCGCCUUCAACGCCAUCGGCGGCGGCACCGGCUCCGGCCUGGGCGCCCUCCUGCUCGACUACCUUCCUUGCCCUCUACCUCUGGGAUGGGAAGGAGUGAGCCUACCAGGCAACAAUACCCUUGCUGGCAAGCUUCACCUCGCGAGCUGCCUCGAUGGGGUGCCGAGGCAUAGAGAUUAG